AUGGCACCCGCUUCACCUCCUGCUGCAGGCUGCUCGGCGCCAGCCUGCAGCAAUGUCCGGAGGCGACUGCACGGCCUCUCGGGGAGCGCUUGGGACAGUUUCAUAUCAGGUGUCAUUUCACAUGAAGAAGCCAAGUUUUGUGGCUGCUUAAAUGCGCUCAAGAGCACAAAUGCUGCCAAACUGACUGUUCUGGCUGUCGGUUCCCAAAAUAGUGCUCCAGCCUCCGCACCCAGAGGAGCACAGACCAUGACCAAGAGUGCUCCUGGGACGCCAAGGCAGUGCCAGCAUAGAGGAUGUGCUGACAAGGAUGUUACAUCUGUCGAGAAGACAGACGUAGCAGGCAGUGAGCUACAACUUGAUGCGGACCCAGAAGAAUUUACACCUGUGAACAUGUCAGAGAGAUCAAACGGUGCCUUCAGAAAAAAAAAAGAUGGUUCCUUCGGGAAGCCGUAUCCAUAUACCAGUAUCAUCACCAAUGUUCGCAGUAUUUUUUACAGUUAUACUUGGGAAGUGAUGAAAGGAUUUGAGCACCUUACGGAAUGGGAGGAUAACCAGAGAAGCAAGGGACAAUUCCGCCCUGAUGAAUCAGAACUCCUCACUGUUCCUGAUGGUUGGAAGGAACCAGCUUUUUCUAAAGAGGACAAUCCCAGAGGACUCUUGGAGGAAAGCAGUUUUGCAACUUUGUUCCCAAAAUAUAGAGAGGCCUACUUGAAAGAGUGUUGGCCCUUAGUGCAGAAGGCCUUGAAUGAACACCACAUCAAGGCCACCCUGGACUUGAUUGAGGGCAGCAUGACUGUCUGUACUACAAAGAAGACCUUUGAUCCCUACAUCAUCAUCAGGGCCAGAGACCUGAUAAAACUGUUAGCAAGAAGUGUUUCAUUUGAGCAGGCAGUACGGAUUCUUCAGGAUGAUAUUGCAUGUGACAUCAUCAAAAUAGGUUCUUUAGUAAGAAAUAAAGAAAGAUUUGUGAAAAGAAGACAGCGACUUAUUGGUCCCAAAGGAUCUACUUUGAAGGCUUUGGAACUCUUAACGAACUGUUAUGUUAUGGUUCAGGGAAAUACAGUCUCAGCCAUUGGACCUUUUAGUGGUUUAAAAGAGGUUCGAAAAGUAGUUUUAGAUACCAUGAAGAAUAUACAUCCAAUUUAUAAUAUUAAAACCUUAAUGAUAAAACGAGAAUUGGCGAAAGAUUCUGAAUUACGAUCACAAAGUUGGGAAAGAUUUUUGCCACAGUUCAAACAUAAAAACGUGAACAAACGCAAAGAACCAAAGAAGAAAACUGCUAAGAAAGAGUACACACCGUUCCCACCGCCACAGCCAGAAAGCCAGAUUGACAAAGAAUUGGCCAGUGGAGAAUACUUUUUGAAGGCAAAUCAGAAGAAGCGGCAGAAAAUGGAAGCCAUAAAGGCUAAACAAGCAGAAGCGCUCAGUAAGAGACAAGAAGAAAGAAAUAAAGCAUUUAUUCCACCUAAAGAAAAGCCAGUUAAAAAACCGAAAGAAGCUUCCACUGAAACUAAAAUCGAUGUGGCUGCCAUUAAAGAAAAGGUUAAGAAAGCAAAGAAUAAGAAACUUGGAGCUCUUACAGCUGAAGAAGUUAAGCUCAAGCUGGAAGCAGAUGAAAAGAAAAAGAAGAAAAAAUGACAUUUAAAAACCAAACC